AUGAUAGGUGGGGCCUUGAGCAACCCGUAUGAAUCUCCAACUUUUGGUACGGCACUUCUGCUACGCAUUGAUGGUGGUGUAGGUGCAAUGUCAUUAUCGCCUACGGGGCGUGAUGCAGUUCUUGCUGGUCGUAAAGGUUUGUACGUUAUCGAUCUUGAUGACCCGUUUACUCCUCCUCGAUGGCUACAUCAUAUCACCUCUUGGGAAGUGGCAGAUGUUCAAUGGUCACCUCACGCUUUUCAAAAACCAUCGUGGUGUAUCUCAACUUCCAAUCAGAAAGCGCUUUUGUGGGAUUUGAAUCGACCGUCCACCAAUGCCAUUGUCAAUGUUCUUCACGCGCAUACCAGGGCAAUUACAGAUAUAAAUUUUCACCCCACGCACCCUGAGAUGUUGGCCACUUGCUCUGUUGACACCAUGAUUUUCAACUGGGACAUGCGUACUCCACGGAAGCCAGUGUCCAAGUUUGCACACUUUAGGGCCGGAACGAUUCAAGUAAAAUACAACUGGGAAAAUGCAUAUGAGUUGGGUCUGACUCACGAUAAUGAGCUUUGGAUAUGGGACACUAGAAAGGGUGCUUUACCGAUAGCUACAAUUGUGGAUGCUCAUGAGGGUAAAAUCAAUGGCCUUGAUUUUUCUCAGGGUCUCAAAAAUAUUAUAACUUGCUCUAACGACGAAACCGUGAAAUUUUGGAAUUUGGAAAGUAGAGAAUUAAUAGAAGCCAUAAAAGAUUUCAACUAUUUUGACAAAACUACAGAGCAGAUCUUCAAGCCAAGCGUGGUCUUGAAGACUGAGUUUCCGGUCUCGCGAGCGAGGAAUAUACCUUUUGGAUCCGAUAUGGCGUGUGGUAUUAUGCCCUUAUUAGGUGGUGGAGAUGCUAUUCAUAUUGUAAACUACGAAGAAUCGCAUCAAAAGUACUUGACCACUGGUGUAACGCAGAAUAUUGAUGCAAACCCAGCGUACUCUUUCAGUGGCCAUGGUGGCCCGAUAAAAGAUUUUUUAUGGAGAACAAGACACGAAAAUUAUCAAGGAUUUGACUCCAAAAAUGGUUGGAAAGAUUUUCAAUUGGUGACUUGGUCCAAUAAAGAUGUCGAUUUAAAAUUAUGGCCACAUGAUGACGCGCUUUAUAGUUCGGUAAAUUAUAAUCCUUCGUUUAUUAAUUUCAGAAACGAUCUGAAUUCAGACUUGGCCGACGCCAAACAGGAUCCCGUGUGUACUGCUUACGGAUAUGAGACGUUUUGCAAAGAGCCAGAGAUGACCAUUGAAAAUUUGGCUGGGCUGAAAGAUGGAGAUUUUCUUUCUGCGAUGGCCUUACUUAAACUUUCCGAAGGUAAGCAGCGUCAAAACGAAGUACUUUCCUCUAGUCACCUAUCCUGGAUUGCUGGAGUGAGGAUCGGGCCUUCGCACGACCGAAGGGGUACUUCCUCUUCUUCUUUGUUUGAUGAGGACGGCCCGGCCAAUUUGGGUGAGGAGGUGAGUAUUGUAGGACACAAGUUCCCAUUUGUGAGAUUUGAAAAAAUUUCCGUCUCGACAGGUGAAUUGGUGAUUACUUUGAAAGGAGUAGUACCUAAGGAAGGAUCAUUAAAUGGGGCUAAGGUAGACGAAAUUGAAGGAGAAAAUGAUGACGAAGUUGAUAGAGAAAAUUGCGGUCAAGAUCAGAAUCCAAGCCAUGAAUUAAGUCAUGGAAAAAAUGAAAGACGUGAAACAAAGGAAGGAAGCGACCCAAUGGUCCCCCAGGUCGAAGUUACGGGGUUUUCAAAUAAAGGUAGUUCUCAAUUAAUGGGGAGUGAACAAGCUACAGGAAUCCAAAGUGUACCAGAUGACGAAGCAAACUCUCUGAAACUUCAAAAUCAUGGAAUUGAAGACGAUGAUAAGUAUGCUGAAGUGAUGGGAGGAAAUACUGAGAAAUUAGUUUUUAUCCGGUUUACUGUGAAAUUUCCAACAGCAUACCCGUUUUUGGAAAACAAAACUUCUCCAUCACAUAGUAAAAGACGACGUUCCCGUAAAGCAAAUACAGUUUUAUUUGACGUUGAGCAAACUCAUGAAUUGAGUUUUAAUGUAAAGAAGUUGAUUGAAAAAAACUUACAUAAAAUUGCAGAAUUUUAUACAAACAAAUACCAUCGCUUUUGUUUGGAAUACUGCUUGAGAUAUUUGAUGGGGGAAACAAUUGACAUGGAUGAUGACUUAAUGAUUGAAAACAGACGUGAUAGUAGUGGCGAUUCUGUAUUGGUAGAGGUUGGAAAUGAGAAUUGGGUGGAUGACCUAAUUGAGCAACAGCCAAAUCCUAGUGGUGUGGGUGGUAGUGGUGGCUAUUCAUCGGGAGAAGAUGAAAUGGCGACUUAUGACGACCUCAUUCCAAGCCAUGACGAAUUCGUCCACAAUGGAAAAAAUUCUUUGUCGCAAAAUUUAGGUGCAACAAUGACAAUGAAGUUAGGUACUGGUGGUGAAACACAAUCAAGCUAUAAAUUCAAUGCAAGCCGGGACUUUGACUCUACCCCCUUACCUAAAGGUUGCGGUGCUGUUUGGACACCUAAUGGGCAAUUGGUUUGCUUCUUUACAGCUGAAUCCGAAUUGGGCGAGAAUAAUAAGAAGAGCAAAAGUGGUAGAAAAGAUCGUUUGGGUGAGAAAUAUGUAUACCGAAAAGAUGCUACUAAUGGCGAUGAUGAUGAUGAUGAUGAUGAUGAUGAUGAUGAUGAUGAUGAGGGAGACGAACAUGAUGGUAAUGAUGAUAAUGAUAAAGAUGGUGAAAACAAUGAAAAUGACGAUCGGUCUGAGAGCGAAAAUGAUAGUCUUGAUGGAGAUAAAUUUUCGGAGGACGAAAUCGAAGAAGAUGUAGCUCAAUUUUUGAACAAAGAAAGUUCGAUAAGAAAUGCUACUACCGAAUUGGUCAACUCAAGAAUAGUGCCCGAUCGAAAUUUUACAAAACAUGGCAUGUCUCAAGUGCGCUCCUUAGAGAGGUACACAAGUCACGGUGAUAACUCAACUAGUUUCAAAGAUGAUAAAUCGAAAAGCAAGAAUUCAAAAUACAAAAACAAAAUUGUUAUUCUCAACUAUGGUUUUAUGUUGCCGAACAAGAUUGAGCUUGGGAGAGAAUAUAGGAUAUCUGGGGAUACUCCCUCAAAACUUGCCCACUUCAAUGCUUCAAUUACGGCUAAACAUGGUUUGAGUAGCUUAACACGCACCUGGAAACUUUUGGCAGAGAUACUAGCUGGUGUGUCAGAUUCUUUAGGCAAUAUAUUCGAACAUAGAAAGGAAUCUCGUUUGCAUCCUCAGAAGUAUUUUUUUGAUAGUUAUGUAUAUUUCUGGGGGGGCCAUCCAUUCGGAAGCCUUGGUGUUGUGUCUGAAAUAUUUCAACAUUAUGUCAAAUUAGGUGAUAUACAAACACUAGCUGUGAUGUCAUGUCUUUUAUCCGCGCUGACCUCUCUUGACCAUAGAUUUAUUGAAGGGCAAAUGCUAUCACAUACUAUUGCUAAAGGCAGUACGAAUUUAAAUACGAGCACAUAUGUGCAAACACAAAAUAUGGUUUCGCCGAAAAUCGGUUGUGGCUUCGCAAACAGUAAUGUCAACACCAAUACGAAUGAUCAUAGUCACACAUUUAACGGGGCCCCAAGUUAUAUGAGAGGAAGGAAGUUAUCCUUCAAUUCAAUCCACUCUGUAACUACAAACACUAUUCGUUCAGAAACUAGCUUUGACGGUAACACCGUUGGUUCGCGGAGGAGGCCAUUAACUUCGAAUGCAAUGCUUCUAAAUUCGCUGGCGAAUAAUAGAUCUAUAAAUAGGGUCAUGGAACCAAGCAACAAAAACAGGUUGCAACAUCAACAUCAAUAUCAAUAUCAGCACCAACGACCCUACUCUCGUAUUGAGUUUUGCGACGAUUUUAGACCCAACCCAAAUGGUUUUCCAGAGUUUCAAAAUAUUACUUUUCAGUUCAAAGAAGAAGACUUUUCAUCAUACAGACUGUUAUAUGCUGAGACUCUUUUCAAUUGGAAUUUACCCAUUCAUCGUCUUGAACUUCUCAAGUUCAACAAACUGAUGGACAAGAUUGAUGGAGCUGAUGAAUACCUGGUGCAUAAGUGUUCAAUCCGAAAGCGCAAGAAAAACAAGCAACUUCCUACACAAGUAUUUAUCAAUACGGUAUCUCUGGUUAUUACGAGCUCGCACAAUGCAUGGAAUACUACGAAAAGACAAACAAUUAAAUAUUGCACCUAUUGCCAGCUACCACUUGAGAAGAGUAUGGCAUUAUGUGUCCAUUGUGAACAUGCUCUUCAUUCUCAUUGUGCCAAAGACUGGUGGUCAGAUGAUGUGGAUGAAUGCCCUAGUGGCUGUGGAUGUAAUUGUUUAAGUUACUCUUACUAUAGCUAA